UUUUUUUAAUUCUUCCAUACGCUUCUUUCUUCUUGUUAUAAAUCGAUUCUUUGUCGUAAAUUGUCUGGAAUCACAAAAAAUUAUAUAAAAUUAAUGUGACACCAAAUAAACAAACCGGUUCAUAUAAGCCUGAUAUACAUAAACGGAAAAGAAUGUAUUCGGAAAAGAAAAUAAGUUGACGAAAAAAUAUUUGUAUGUUAAGAACUAAAGCAAAACGGAUAAGCAGCCAUGGUUUAGGAUUUAUAUUACUGUAAUACAAUUGUAUUGUCCUAUAAAAGGUUUCAAAAUGCAACUCAAUGCCCCGUGUAUGCUUGUGGUAGUCUUGGCAAUAGCCGUAAAAGCCCACAUUCGCAUGGAUAAACUGGAGGUCAAUGUUGAAUCGAACUACAAGCCUUCAUUCAUUCGUUCUGCGAUAGAGAGCAUUCCUUUGGAUACUGACGCCAGACUCCUAGUCCGUAACAGUGCAAAACCUGAGUUUGGGGACGUUUUUCUACCGCUGCGGAGUGCUGUGGAGAGUAUUCCAACGCCUUAUCAAAGCAACACGUCUAAGCUGAGGCAGAACCCUGAUAUACGUUCCUUUGUACGUGAUUCUAUAGAGUCAUUGCCAAAUGUUGAAGAUGGACUGGAACACAUGGAGCUUUCCACAAAUUAUUCUAAUGGUGUUAGCGAUGAUGUUGUAGGUGUAGACCUGAAAAGCAAAAAGUUAACACAAAAUGUACAUGUAGAUCCCUGGAGCAUUUCCGAUAAGUACGCUUCAUUUAUUGACUCCGGAAACUUAGACGACAUUUAUCCGAAGUCAUACCGAGCCGGCUCACCGCAUCAGGAGUUGCUCAAAAUGAUGAACGUCGAACCGGUUAAGCACGUCGAUAAACUUGAUAGGUACGCAGAGCUGCAGUCUUACGGUGUAUUAGGACAAAGUAACCUUCAGCAGUCCUAUGGAGCUUUGGGAUUGGUGAACAGGAAUGACUUCAAAGUGACUACAAAAGUUCUUUGUUACAUGUCGAACUGGGCAUUUUAUCGAAGUGGCGAAGGUCAUUUUGUCCCUGAGCAGAUUGACCCUAAACUCUGUUCUGCUAUUAUCUAUUCGUUUGCCUCCUUAGAUCCCGAUCACCUUACCAUUCGAGAAUUCGAUUCAUGGGUGGACUUGGAUAACCAAUAUUACCGUCGGGUGACAUCGCUGGGAGUGCCAGUACUAAUAGCCUUGGGUGGAUGGACGGACUCCAGCGGCUCCAAGUACUCACGCUUAGUUAGUGACAAACUUAAACGACGUGUUUUUGCAUCCAGUGUGAGCAGCUUUUUAAUGCGUCAUGGAUUCAGCGGGCUGCACUUAGACUGGAACUACCCAAAGUGCUGGCAGAGCGAUUGCUCAAGGGGACCUGCGACCGACAGGCCAAAUCUGACCAAGCUUCUGCGUGAGCUGCGCACCGAGUUUCAGGGUGUUAAUCCGAAAUUUCAGUUGGGAGUAGCCAUCUCUGGAUACAAGGAGAUUAUAACAGAGGCUUAUGAUUUUCCCGCUUUGUCAGACAUUGUAGACUAUAUGACAGUAAUGACCUAUGAUUACCACGGAGCCUGGGAACAGAACACAGGUCAUGUGAGUCCACUUUACGGCUUAUCAACGGACACGUAUCCGCAGUACAAUACAAACUACACCAUGCAGUUACUCCUAAAAAUGGGCGCGCGCAGGGAAAAACUUGUAUUGAGCAUUCCGUUUUACGGCCAGAGUUUCACAUUGGCACAAAAGCAGAAAAUUCUUGUAGGCCCAGGCGUGGCAGCUACUGGACCUGGAGCGGCCGGUGAAUUGACAAAGCAGCCAGGAAUGCUAGCUUACUACGAGAUUUGUCAGCGCCUAACAAAGUUCAAGUGGAUGAGUGAUCGGGAUUUAAGCCUGAAAUUCGGUCCUUAUGCUAUGCUAAACGACCAGUGGGUGGGAUAUGAAGAUCCGACCAGUGCCCAAGCAAAGGCUCGAUAUGCGGCUAACAAUAACUUUGCCGGAGUGGCAGCGUGGACCGUUGACCUUGAUGACUUCCGAAACCUAUGUUGUAGUGAAUCUUAUCCUUUACUUAGGGCCAUUAACAGAGAAUUGGGUCGCUUGGAGUCAAAGCCACCAGCUCAUCCAAACUGUAAGCGUCCUACAUUAUUGGUCACUCCGAUGCCGCCCCAAAUGACAACAAUUAGUAGCGAUGGUUCUGGGGGAUUGGGACAAAAUCACGGUCAUACAACUUCUUCGCUGAGCUGGGAGGACAGCAGUAGCCUCAUGUUCAGCACUACAAAAAAUCCGAAUCUUGUAAGCACCACUGCUACUAGCAUCAUCCCCUGGUGGAGCUCAACUACGAAACGUCCCCGCGAGCCGACUAUGACUACGGCACGACCAACUCCAACCACAAUUCCCGUUCCAGCAGUGAUCUACCCAGUGGUACAGCCCUCGAAUUGCAAAAGCGGCGACUUCUACGCUGACUCAAAUAAUUGCAACGCUUACUAUCACUGUGUUACUGCGGGAGAGUUGCGGCAACAGUUUUGUCCAGGCGGUCUUCACUGGAACAACGAGGCAAAGGGAUGUGACUGGCCGUCGUCCGCCCGAUGCUCACAUAAACUCGAUCAACACCUAAACACUUCUUAUCCAAAACCAAUUAAAACGUCUAAAAAGCCGGAGACAAAACCGUCUUCUGUGCAUCAUCAGGUCAGUAACUCUUCAAGCGGACCACAAUAUUUGCGUCCAACUAUAUUGGAGUGCAAUGAAGGGGAGUACUACCCCCACAGAAACUGCAGGAAAUACUACAUCUGCGUUAAUAAGGCACUGGUACCCAGUGAAUGUGACAGAGGCUUGCAGUGGGACGGCAUCAAAAAGCUUUGUGACUGGCCUGAGAACGUUCAGUGUGUAACAAUCCAAAAAUAUUUUAAAAUAAUCCAAUCGAGUAGCGCCAACGAAGAGGACCCUUGCAAAGGCGAAGAGCGAGUACCCUAUCCGGGAAACUGUUCAAAAUAUCUCUUCUGCCUAUGGAAUCGCCUACAGGCUAGUGACUGUCCACCGGGGCUUCACUACAAUGAAGUAAUUGGGAACUGUGACUGGCCUUCAGCUGCGAAAUGCGAUCCAAAAGGAGGUGAGAGCAGCGGAGAGGCAGAUAUGAACGCUAUGUCGAAGCCUCCUACUUCACAAGCCCCGAGUGGUCUUCCGCGUCCAACGUACCCCACAGAAAAACCCGUGCCUAAACCUCUUAGUAGCCACUACAAAGUUAUUUGCUACUUUACGAACUGGGCCUGGUACCGCAAGGGAAUAGGUCGCUAUACUCCUGAUGACAUAAACACGGAUCUGUGCACUCAUAUAAUUUAUGGGUUUGCAGUGUUAGACCAUUCCGAACUAAUACUACGAACACAUGAUUCUUGGGCCGAUGUUGAAAACAGCUUUUAUACGAGGGUCAGCAGCCUCAAAGGCAAGGGCAUUAAGGUCAGCUUAGCACUUGGUGGAUGGAACGAUUCGCAAGGCGAUAAGUACAGCCGCCUAGUUCGAAGUCCAGUGGCCCGGGCUCGUUUUGUGCGCCACGCCCUGGAGUUCAUUGAAAAAUACGGCUUCGAGGGCCUUGAUUUAGACUGGGAGUACCCAGUGUGCUGGCAAACGGAGUGCCACAAGGGCUCUACCGCGGAAAAGGAGGGUUUUACUGCUUGGGUACAGGAGCUAUCUGAUGCGUUUCGCCCUCGAGGACUUUUGUUGUCCACUGCAGUCUCUCCUAGCAGGAAAAUCAUUGAUGCCGGAUACGACGUUCAAAAGCUCUCACGCUAUUUUGAUUGGAUCGCUGUGAUGACAUAUGAUUUCCAUGGGCACUGGGAUAAGAAAACAGGGCAUGUGGCACCUCUGUAUCAUCAUCCCGAUGAUGACUUUGAACAUUUUAACGUGAACUCUUCCAUAAACUAUUGGAUAGAAAAAGGAGCACCAUCACAAAAAUUAGUAAUGGGUAUUCCGCUAUAUGGCCAGUCGUUCACUUUGGAAAACAUUAACAGCAGUGGCUUAAAUGCCAAAGCCCCAAGACCAGGUGAAGCUGGAGAAUUCACCAGAGCAGCUGGCUUUCUUGCUUACUAUGAGAUUUGCGAACGAGUUAAUCGACAAGGCUGGCAGGUAGUGCAUGAUGAAUUUGAUCGCAUGGGACCUUAUGCUUACAAGGGAACUCAGUGGGUGUCCUACGAUAGCCCAUAUAUGGUCCGGAAAAAGGCAUAUCUGGCGAGGUCAUUGAACCUGGGCGGCGGAAUGGUGUGGGCCCUCGAUCUGGAUGACUUUCGCAAUCGGUGUGGAAAUGGCGUACAUCCUCUGCUAAGUGAAAUUCAUAAAGUGCUUAAGGAUACUCCUAGUUCAUUGGAUAAACCGGCUGGUCUAGUUCCUAUUGAAUCGAAACCUAUAGAGUACCCAGGCGUGGAUGGAAUGAAACCUGAGUCUGGAGGAGAGGAUACGGAGAUGCAGUCCAUUGAAUCAGUGAUGCAGUCCACCAAUGAUAAAGAUGAAGAACAUGAACUCUUAGAGCCUCUACAUGAAGUCGACCCAAACAACGUUAGUGAGGAGGAGCACAUAGAAGCUUCUGAUAUGUCUACGGAUUUUAAGAUCGUUUGCUACUUUACCAACUGGGCGUGGUACCGCCAAGGUGGUGGUAAGUUCCUGCCGGAGGAUAUUGAUGCAGAUCUGUGCACUCACAUAAUUUAUGGCUUCGCCGUGUUGAGUCGGGAAAAGCUGACGAUUCAACCUCAUGACUCUUGGGCUGACUUAGAUAACAAAUUUUAUGAGCGCAUUGUAGCCUACCGAAAAAAAGGCGUUAAGGUAACUGUGGCAAUUGGCGGUUGGAAUGAUUCUGCUGGCGAUAAGUACUCCCGACUAGUAACGAAUCCAGAGGCAAGAUCUCGGUUCGUCCGAAAUAUCCUGAAAUUUAUAGAGGAAUAUAAUUUCGACGGGUUGGAUCUGGAUUGGGAGUAUCCCGUUUGCUGGCAAGUGGAUUGCAAAAAAGGGAGUGCAGACGAGAGGACUGGAUUCACAGCUUUGGUGCGGGAGCUUUUUUAUGCCUUCCAGCCCAAGGGGUUAAUUCUGUCGGCUGCCGUGUCCCCUAACAAGAAGGUCAUCGAUGCUGGAUACGAAGUUGCAGAGCUUUCUUAUUACUUUUCUUGGAUAUCUGUGAUGGCGUAUGAUUACCAUGGUCAGUGGGAUAAGAAGACUGGUCACGUAGCUCCAAUGUACGCCCACCCUGAAGGAACAGUAAAUUUUAACGCCAAUUUUUCGAUGAACUACUGGAUAUCGAAGGGAGCUGACAGGCGAAAGUUAGUAAUGGGAAUGCCUUUAUACGGCCAGUCAUUCUCUCUGGCUGAGACUAGUAACCACCAAUUAAAUGCUCCCACCUAUGGCGGUGGUGAAGCUGGAGAGGCUACAAGAGCCAGAGGAUUUUUGGCAUACUAUGAAAUAUGUUUAAAAAUCCGACAUCAUAGGUGGAACGUUGUCAGGGAUACCAAGGGACGUAUGGGACCCUUCGCAUAUCAUGGGGAUCAGUGGGUUUCCUUCGAUGAUGCACCCAUGAUCCGGCAUAAAAGCGAGUACAUCAAGGCAAUGGGUCUAGGUGGAGCUAUGAUAUGGGCCCUAGAUUUGGACGACUUCAAAAAUGUCUGCGGAUGCGAAACAUAUCCCUUGCUAAAAGCUAUAAAUCGCGUUCUCAGAGGUUUCGGGGGUCCACAUUCAAAGUGUUGGCUUGAACAACGCAAAAACACAAUGAAGCCAAACGACGACUCCUUCAGGUCCACCAUAAAUGCACAACCUGGACCAAAUCUUCAUUCUGGUACGCAAAAUUUAUCCUUAAAUGUUAUGUCCAUCAAAUGCCGCAGCAAAAACUAUUUGCCUCACGAACGCGAUUGCACUAAGUACUAUAUAUGCGACAAUGGAACGCACGAGGAGCGAAGCUGCCCUGAAGGACUUCAAUGGAAUAAAAACUUCUGCGACUGGCCUAACAAUGUCCAAUGCCCGUUGCGAUCGGACCAGAUAACUCAGAAGCCACCGAUCCAUAGCUCCAAUCCUACAAACGCCAUCACAGAGCCCCUAACUACCAAUAAUGCAUACAAAGUAGUCUGUUACUUUACGAACUGGGCAUGGUACCGCCCAUCCCAGGGCAAGUAUGUGCCUGAAGAUAUAGACGCAAACUUGUGCACCCACAUCAUAUACAGCUUCGCGGUGCUCGAUAGCAACUCGUUAACCAUUGAGACGGAUGACUCCUGGACGGAUAUUGACAACCGUUUUUAUGAGCGGGUUGUAAAAUACAAAAAAAGAGGUAUUCGAGUCAUGUUAGCCAUCGGUGGGUGGAAUGACUCUAUGGGCAACAAGUACUCGCGCCUUGUACUCGAUUCACAGUCCAGGAAGCGCUUUGUAGCAAGUGUGAUAAGUUUUGUAGAACAAUACGGUUUUGAGGGUCUUGACCUCGCCUGGGAAUUCCCAGUGUGUUGGCAAGUGGACUGUGACAAAGGUAAUCCCACGGAAAAGGAAGGAUUUGUUGCUCUUGUCAAGGAACUGUCGCAAGCCUUUAAGGCAAAAGGCCUUAUUCUUUCGGCAGCAGUCUCGCCCAGUAAAAUGGUUAUUGAUGCCGGAUACAAAGUGUCUGAACUCUCUCCACACUUUGACUGGCUGGCCGUCAUGACAUACGACUUUCACGGUCAUUGGGUUAUGCGGACGGGCCAUGCAUCCCCGCUCUUCCACAAAGUGGGUGACGCAGACCUAUAUCUUAACGGAAACUUCAGUAUUCACUAUUGGUUGGCACGAGGUAUUCCUAGGGAAAAGCUGGUUAUGGGAAUGCCAAUGUACGGUCAGACGUUCACGUUGGCUGACCCAAAUCGCCGGUCACUAAAUGAUAAAACAGUGGGUCCGGGGAAGGCAGGAACCUUAACUCGAGCAAAUGGAUUUUUAGCAUACUAUGAAAUCUGCGAAAAGGUCGGCAACGGUGACUGGGAAGUGGUGAGGGAUGAAGAAGGAAUAUUCGGAACCUAUGCAUACAGUGGCAACCAGUGGAUAUCAUACGAUGAUGUAAGAACUAUUCGAAGAAAAGCUCAGUUUAUUAAGAGCUUGCAGCUAGGUGGUGGCAUGAUUUGGGCUCUCGAUUUAGACGACUUUCGUGGAAUUUGUGGCUGCGGCAAGCACCCAUUACUUCGGACUCUUAAUCAGGAGCUGCUAGGACUUCCUGGACAAAAAGCUAAGGACUGCACUUAAUAAUUUUUGCACAAUAGCCUAGCUUGCAAUCUAUUUUAAUUUAUUUUAUAAAA